UAGAUUUACGCUAUUUCUACACGUCAUGUGACAUAAUAGGAAGUGCGAGGCGACCGUGUUGGGCAGUACGAGACAGCAGCAGAAGCAGACAUUUCAUUGCUUAAGUAAAUAAAGACAUGGAGGAUGAAUUUCCGCCAGCGGCUGGGAUGGCUCGGCAUGGCCUUCUACCUUCUUGUGAGCCUGCUUGCAGUCUAUCACGUCUUUGACGUUCAGCGAUUCAAGUUGGAGCAUGUGCCGAGUGCUGCGAUCGGACCCUCUUCUUUGCCCAUUCAAAGCAUUCAUGCUCGCCUGGCAGCACUUCCCAUGUGGAUCUGGGUGACGGCCAUUUUGUUGCCCUACAUGCAACUCUUUCUCUUCAUCUUCUCCUGCACCAGGACAAACCCUCGUGCCAUCGGCUACUGCGUCCUACCCAUCUGCCUAUCUCUGCUCUGCAAACCAUCUAAUCACAGCAUCUCGCCAUUGAUUGACACGUGACCCAAAUAUCUGUAAGGACACAUCGUGAAACAUCUUUUUAUUUUUAGGACAUUUACAGCAAAAACAAUUUUGAGGUGUAAAGGACCACACCUUUGUCUUACCUGACAUGCUGGAAUUGAUGAGCGAACUUCAUUUGAUGAUCUUCUGUAUUUGAUAUUUGAUCACACAAUAAAAUGAGAAAAAAAGACAUGUA